AACAAUUUGGCUUGAAUUUCACCACAUGCCACACAUCGCUACCUACCUCCUACCUCUCUCUACUAUUACCGUCCCCCCCGUCGCGACAACAAUAUUUCCAAGUCCAUACCUCCCUCUCUCUCUUCCUCGUCGCUCCCUGAACCUCAAAACCAACGAAUUGCUGCUUUCCCGCAAUCUCCCCGUCCUUCUCUCUUCUCGACACCGACCAAUUGUCACUCUACAGACGGAAAACCACUACCCUCUUCCUACCCACGAGAGAAGAUGUCGGACGUGCAUGACCUCCUCGAAAUCCCCCGGGACUUCAUCAAGGACGGCACCCAGUUCAUGACGCGGUGCACCAAACCGGACCAGAAGGAGUUCGUGCAGAUCUGCAAGGCUGUUGGCGUCGGCUUCCUGGUCAUGGGCGCGAUAGGCUACGUGAUCAAGCUGAUCCACAUUCCCGUCAACAACAUUCUCGUCGGCGCUGCGUAAACUCGGUUGUGAAAAUAUCCUCCCUAGGGACCGAAGCUUUAUCGCGAAUCGAAUAGACCCCAAGAAGAAGGGGUGAAAAGGCGAUAAAAAAGUAGCGGGUUUAAACCCAGGACACGGAAGGCGGGAGUUACUGCCGAAGUCGGUGAUAAACCACGACGACGAUGAUGACAACUCGACAGGAGACGGUGAUGCAAAAAGUCGAUGAACGAAAACCGCAAAUAAGAUACUUACAUUACACGUAAUAUGUACUAUAAACUACGGGUUUGCCUCCCGACAAUAACGUGAUACUAAACGACCCAUCGUCGUCGUGGCUGACGACGUCGAGAAUAUGAGUGAGCUAGUGCCCGAGUCAACCAGAUCGGCCGCAUCUGGAUUGGGCAAUCAAUGGUUAUUUCCUAUGGAACUACAAUUGUCGAAGGCCGUGACAGAAACGAGCGUUAAAUCUGGUUACCGAGGUAGUAAUAAUUCCAGCCGUCAACACCUCGAGCGCCUUUUCCCCAAACCCCUUUGUUACGCCCUAGAGUAUCUCGUAUCUCAAGUCCGCUCCGUCGUUCGAGAAAUCGCGAUGAGGUUGUGUACAUGUGUGUGUGUGUGUGUGUGUGCUCGCGCUCGCGCUCGUAAGCCCUUUGCGUCGCCGAUGUCUAGAAGUCGAUUUCCUCGUCGUCUG